AGCAGCGGCGGGUGUGCUUCGGCACGUCCUAUGCGGAAUCCUCGCAUCACAGUCGGGAUUCGGAGCUGGUUUUUUGUGUCCUUGGAGGAAACUGCGUGGAUCCCUGUGUGCACACGCGGCUGGAGGACACCAUCGUGCAGGAGGAGAGGCGGUGCGGCGAGGACAUGAGCAAUGGGAAAGCUUCACCUGUUGAAGGCCUGCUCUUCACUUUCUGUCACGCUGAGUCCCCCAUCACCUAUCAACAUGACGACUUCAGCCCUGCGCAGGCAGGUGAAGAACAUAGUGCACAACUAUUCCGAGGCAGAGAUUAAGGUCCGUGAGGCAACCUCAAAUGACCCCUGGGGGCCGUCAUCUUCGCUCAUGUCAGAAAUUGCUGACUUGACAUUCAAUGUCGUGGCUUUUGCUGAGGUCAUGGGUAUGGUGUGGAAGCGCCUCAACGACAGUGGCAAGAACUGGAGGCACGUCUACAAGGCACUGACCCUGUUGGACUACCUGCUGAAGACGGGAUCAGAGAGAGUGGCUCAACAGUGUCGGGAAAAUGCCUUCACUAUUCAGACUCUUCGUGAUUUCCAGUAUGUCGACCGCGACGGCAGAGACCAAGGGGCCAAUGUUCGAGAGAAAGCUCGCCAACUGGUGUGUCUCCUUCGGGAUGAUGAGCGCCUUCGCCAAGAGCGGAGUCAAGCUCUGAAAACCAAGGAGCGCAUGGCGGCUGGAGGCAGUGGAGGAGGAGGAGCAGCAGCAGCAGCCGCCGGGGGAGGAGGUGGAGGAGGUGGGAUGUAUGGAGGAAUACCACCAUCCUACCACCCGGGCAGACGAACAAGCCAGCCCAGCAUGGCUGUGCUAUACGGGGAAGAUAUAAGUCGCUCCAGGGGUUCUCCAUCCUCCUUUAAUUCAGCCUCAUCCUCAUCUCCUCGGGCUGCCUCGGACCUGGAGCAGGCUCGACCGCAAACCAGCGGGGAAGAGGAGCUCCAGCUCCAGCUGGCCUUAGCUAUGAGCAGGGAGGAGAGUCAGAAGGAGAAGCGCUGUCGCCAAGGAGAUGAGUCCCUGCUACGGAAGGUCCUGGAUGAGAGCAGGAGAGAAAACCAGUCAGGGACACAGGAGGCAACCAUGGUGGACCUCGCAGACUUGUUUGCCCCACCAUCUGAGAGGCAACCGCCGACUGGGGACCCGUGGAACUCUGCCCAGCCUUCCUGUAACGUGGCCUCCGACCCCUGGGAUUUUGUAGCGGCCAAGUCCGACACUCCUGUAGUUGGUAGCCCCUGGACUGCGCCGCCGCCACCCUCCAUUGCGACUAAUCCUUGGGCUCCGUGUGCCAACUCGUGCGGAGAGCCGUGGGAAGCGUCAGCGGCGGCGGCCACCUGCAGCCCUGCCAACCACACAUGGGACGCGAUAUCUGAGCGGGGAAGUGAAGGGAGAGAUGCAUUCAGUGCACAGGGAGAGGAGACACUUCAACAGGACAUUCCUCAACUGUCUUCUCCUGCCAGUCCGACAGAUUCUGAGCUGUGUGGGUCAGCAGAUAUGUUUUCUGGUGCGGAUCCGAGCACAGAUCCAUUUAGGAAUGAACCUCUGGCGAAUCCCCAAGAAAACGGACGGGACUCGACCAGUCCGGAGAUGUUUGAUCUGUCUCGACUCGCACCUCCCGUCAGUGCUGCACGUGUGUGUCGGACGCCUGAGGCCUUCCUCGGACCGACUGGGGCCUCCCUGGUCAAUUUGGAUGCCCUGAUACCUGCAACGCCCCGAAGCAAAAUGAAGAACAACCCCUUCCUCUCAGGUCUGAGCGCCCCAUCUCCCACAAACCCCUUCCACUGUGACCAGCCUCGCCUUACCCUCAAUCAAAUGCGUCCAUCCUCUACGUCUCCUAUGCCCCCCCACAUGAUAUCCUAUAGUCCCUCGCUUCCACUCCCUCUCCCGCACAGGGGGGCCGCCCUACCCUCGUCGCUCACACAACCACCUGCCGGACUCAUGGACCUUCCCUCCAACCUCCCCCGGCCCCUACUCCCUCUUUCGCCCAGGCCGGGGGCCCGUACACAAUCCCCAGCACAGACACACGGCCACAACCCCUUCCUCUGAGACUCAUUUCAUGUGGACGAGGAUGUCAUUCUUCUCUGCGUGCACAUGGAAAAGUGGACUGGAUGUACUCAACAUAUCAGCUGCUAUAUGUAACCUGAACUCUUGAAGAAAUGCACACGCACUCACCUAUCACUACGCUGUCCUAAACAUAUUUGUUUAUCAGUGCCAGCUGAUAAACAAAUAUGUGAACGCAGCUUGUAUUUACAACUCCGUACAGUAGAUGGCAGUGUAACUCUGCUUCUUAUCACACAGGCAUCAAUACCAGUGAUUGUUGUUGCAAACUAUGUAAUGUAAAUUAGACUGUACAAAACCCAAAACCAGUGAAGUUGGCACGUUGUGUAAAUCGUAAAUAAAAACAGAAUACAAUGAUUUGCAAAUCCCUUAACCUAUAUUCAAUUGAAUAGACUGCAAAGACAAGAUAUUUAAUGUUCGAACUGAGAAACUUAAUUUGUUUUUGCAAGUAAUCAUUAACUUAGAAUUUAAUGGCAGCAACAUAUUGCAAAAAAGUUGGCACAGGGGCAUUUUUACCACUGUGUUACAUGGCCUUUCCUUUUAACAACACUCUGUAAACGUUUGGGAACUGAGGAUACCCAUUUUUUAAGCUUUUCAGGUGGAAUUCAACAGUCCAAGGGUCUCCGCUGUGGUAUUUUAGGCUUCAUAAUGCGCCACACAUUUUCAAUGGGAGACAGGUCUGGACUACAGGCAGGCCAGUCUAGUAUCCGCACUCUUUUACUACGAAGCCAUGCUGUGGCUUGGCAUUGUCUUGCUGAAAUAAGCAGGGGCGUCCAUGAUAACGUUGCUUGGAUGGCAACAUAUGUUGCUCCAAAACCUGUAUGUACCUUUCAGCAGUAAUGGUGCCUUCACAGAUGUGUAAGUUACCCAUGCCUUGGGCACUAAUACACCCCCAUACCAUCACACAUGCUGGCUUUUGAACUUUGCGCCUAUAACAAUCCGGAUGGUUCUUUUCCUCUUUGGUUUCCAAAAACAAUAUGAAAUGUGGACUCGUCAAACCACAGAGCACUUUUCCAUUUUCCAUUAGUCCAUCUUAGAUGAGCUCAUGCCCAGCGAAGCCGGCGGCGUUUCUGGGUGUUGUUGAUAAAUGGCUUUCGCUUUGCAUAGUACAGUUUUAACUUGCACUUACAGAUGUAGCGACGAACUGUAGUUACUGACAGUGGUUUUCUGAAGUGUUCCCGAGCCCAUGCGGUGAUAUCCUUUACACACUGAUGUCGCUUUUCGAUGACGCAGUACGGCCUGAGGGAUCGAAGGUCUGUAAUAUCAUCGCUUGCGUGCAGUGAUUUCUCCAGAUUCUUCCUUCUGGUGAUAUUACGGACCGUAGAUGGUGAAAUCCCUAAAUUUCUUGCAAUAGCUUGUUGAGAAAUGUUGUUCUUAAACUGUUCGACAAUUUGCUCACGCAUUUGUUGACAAAGUGGUGACCCUCGCCCCAUCCUUGUUUGUGAAUGACUGAGCAUUUCAUGGAAGCUGCUUUUGUACCCAAUCAUGUUCCCAAUUAGCCUGUUCACCUGUGGGAUGUUCCAAAUAAGUGUUUGAAGAGCACUCGUCAUCUUUCUCAGUCUUUUUUGCCACUUGUGCCAGCUUUUUUUAAACAUGUUGCAGCCAUCAAAUUCCGAAUGAGCUAAUUUUUGCAAAAAAAUAACAAAGUUUUCCAGUUCGAACGUUAAGUGUCU